UCUUUAAAACGGAAUUUACAGGCCGCUGUUGAUGGUAAUACCGGUUAAUAUCAUAUUGUCACCUAUUUUACAUCCAUUUCUUCUUUUCCUUGCCACUCGGCUCUCAUAAGUGUUCAUCUUUUCCGUCUUCUACUUUCUUCUUACCCUUUUCGGAAUCCUCUCAUGUGCUACUGUCUUCUGGGAGAGAUUUAAGCUUUGUUGCAGAUGAAAAGAUAAAAAGGCCUUUGAGCUGUGGAGCUCCACUGCGGCUUCUUUGUAUCUUGCCCAUCAUGUUUGGAAGAAACUUCCCAUUCUUUAACUCCAUCGGCGGGUUCUAUCCACGCGAAAGUCUAGACUCGAAGAGACCCUCGGGAACUGGGUAUACCAGCAAAGUACGGGUCCGUGACAAGUAUCACAUCGUUGGCUUCAUCAGCAGUGGUACAUAUGGUCGCGUCUACAAAGCCAUCGGAAAGGAUGGCCGGAAAGGCGAAUAUGCGAUCAAGAAAUUCAAGCCCGACAAAGAGGGUGAAAUCAUCCAGUACACAGGUCUCUCGCAGUCAGCAAUCCGGGAGAUGGCUUUGUGCUCUGAAUUAGAUCACCCCAACGUAGUGCAAUUGGCAGAGAUCAUCUUGGAAGACAAGUGUAUCUUCAUGGUAUUCGAGUACACCGAGCAUGAUCUGCUUCAGAUUAUCCAUCACCACACUCAGCCGCAGAGACAUGCCAUUCCGGCACCGAUGAUCAAGUCGAUACUGUUUCAGUUGCUGAAUGGCCUCCUAUACCUUCAUACGAAUUGGGUUUUGCAUCGAGAUUUGAAGCCGGCAAACAUUCUAGUGACCUCAAGCGGUGCGGUCCGCAUUGGAGACCUGGGCCUCGCCCGUCUAUUUUAUAAACCGCUCAACUCUCUUUAUUCCGGAGACAAGGUUGUCGUCACGAUCUGGUAUCGUGCUCCCGAGCUAUUAAUGGGCAGCCGGCACUACACGCCGGCCGUGGAUCUUUGGGCAGUUGGAUGCAUAUUCGCGGAACUGCUCUCUCUGCGACCCAUCUUCAAAGGAGAAGAAGCUAAGAUGGACAGCAAAAAGACAGUACCAUUCCAGCGUAACCAGAUGAUGAAGAUUAUCGACAUCAUGGGCUUGCCCAGGAAGGAAACAUGGCCCGGUCUUGUAUCGAUGCCCGAAUUCUCCCAACUUCAGUCGCUAGCGAUGUCGAGAGGUUACCUCAACAGACAGUGCAACCUGGAAGGAUGGUACCAAAGUUGUCUGAAGAAUAAUGGGUAUUCCCCAGCGUCUACUGCAGGCACGCCAGGUGCCGAAGGCUUCGACUUGCUAUCGCGGCUGCUCGAAUACGACCCUACCAAGAGGAUAUCAGCCCGGGAAGCGUUGGAGCAUCCUUAUUUCACCACUGGUACUCCAGUCACUGCUAAUUGUUUCGCGGGCUACGAGGGCAAAUAUCCCCACCGCCGAGUCACUCAGGAUGACAACGAUAUCCGCUCCGGCAGUUUACCUGGCACCAAGCGGAGCGGGCUGCCAGACGAUAGUCUCAUGGGCAGGGCUGCAAAGCGGCUCAAGGAGUGAUUCGCAUCUAUUUUCUCUUCCGGUAUUCGAGUUCAAGCAUGUGACUGGCGUUUAGGGUCUUUCUCAUAGACCAUUUGGUGCAUGGAUUGGCGUCUAUGGGCUUUCUGAUAUUGCAACUAAGAUAGCAUUGCGUUUGCGCCGACUUGGUCAUUGUCUCAGGCACAAUCAUUGGCGAAUUGUAUUAUACUAUAGGAGAACUCGCCUCAUUCCCAUUACAGUUCGAACC